AAUUGUUACAGCUCGAUCGAUGGAGGGGGUUGGCUUCUUACUGGCGGGUCCAAAUGCAGGAUGAGCCAGACCAGAAAGCGCAGGUCCGCUUCUCCAGACGCAAGCCUGCCGUUGUCCAGAGCCAGAAAUGAAGAAGAGUCUGAGUGUGGGUCUCCAGCAUCCCAAGAUGCUCGCUGUAACACAGAGAAGAGUGAAAUGGCCACACCGACCAAGGAAUGGGGCCAGGGGAUUGUCCUCGAUGUCCCAUCACCAAGGAGACGAUCGCCACGGUUAAAGUGUCCAAGCCAGUCACCCAGCCAGUCUCCCCUUCCUGCAGGCAAGCCUGGUACAGCAAUGUGUCCAGACCUGGCUCAAAGUGGGGAGGAGCCCCAGGAGUGCCUCAGCCCCUCACACCGCCCCCUGUUGACAGAGGAGGACACUGAUACAAGCCUGGUCAUUACUCUAGAGGAUGACCAGCGCGGGAGGCGACGAGGUGGGAGGAGGAAGGGCGGGGUCAAAAGGAAGCGGAGCACGACUUCUGGGGAUGGAGGCGCGGCCACAGAACCCGGGGAGGGGCAGGAAGGAAUGAGCCGAGAGGAGAGUCAAAUAGAGGUGGAGAUUGACAGGCAGCUGGACAGAGAGCUGGAGAGCAAGUCCCGGCAGCACAACCUGACCACUGUCAACGUGCGCAACAUCAUCCACGAAGUAAUCACUAACGAGCAUGUGGUGGCCAUGAUGAAGGCUGCCAUCAGCGAGACGGAAGCCAUGCCAGUGUUCGAGCCCAAAAUGACACGCUCCAAACUGAAGGAGGUGGUUGAGAAAGGAGUGGUCAUCCCAACCUGGAACAUCUCCCCGAUGAAGAAACCCAAUGAGCUGAAGCCCCCCCAGUUUGUGGAUAUCCCUCUGGAGGACGAAGACUCCUCUGAUGAAGAGUACCGCCCUGAUGAUGACGAGGAGGACGAAACGGCAGAGGAAACGUUUUUGGAAAGUGACAUAGAGAGCACCGCCUCCUCACCGCGUGGCAGUCGAGGGGGAAUGGCCAGGACGGUCCUCGAGGGUGAUGAGGAGAGGAGCAGCAGUCCUACACAGGGUUCACACAAGUCCAGGCACCUGACGGUGGAGGUGGUCCCCAUGGGUCCCCCUCCUCCCCCGCAGCCUGCCGGACCCCCGCAGCCGCCCAGGAGCCCGCCCGAGUGCAGCUUCAUGGAGAAGCUCCAUGCCGUGGAAGAAGAGCUGGCCAUAAGCCCCAUUUGCCUGGAACCCUACCAGGCUCUGAGCGGUGGGGGCGCGGGCGAGGAGGACGGGCUGAUGGCUUGCCGUACACGUUCCAAGCGGCCCCUCCGGGACGUCCCGCUGGGCAGGCUGGAGGCGGAGCUGCGGGCCCCUGACAUCACCCCGGACAUGUACGACUACGCCUCCGCCCCCGAGGACAGGGAGUGGACCCAGUGGCUGCAGGGCCUCAUGACCUCAGACAUGGAAAACGAGGAGGAGGGGGACGAUGACGACGACCCAGAAUAUAACUUCCUGGAGGACAUUGACGAGCCUGACCUGGAGGACUACCGCAAUGACAGAGCCGUUCGCAUCACCAAGAAGGAGGUGAGCGAGCUGAUGGAGGAGAUAUUUGAAACGUUCCAGGAUGAGCUGGGGGUGCAGGAGCCGGAUGACGAAGGGCACGAGGAAGAGGAGGAGAGGGAGGAGGAGGCCCCACCACAGGAGACUCCCAAUUUCAACAUCCCGCAAACGAUCCGGUUCGAGGAGCCGCUGGCCAACAUGCUGACGGAGCGCCACCGCACCGUGAAGGAGCAGCUGGCAGCCUUGCGCCGGCGUCGGGCCCUGCUGGAGAGCCAGGGCGGCGGCCCCCAGAACGCCUCCGUCCCCCAGGUGCUGUUCAUGCCCCAGCCCUGCACCCUCAUACUCACCCACCUGCAGAGGCAGCAGCUGCAGCAGCAGAUCCAGCAGCAUGUCCAGCUCCUGACUCAGGUUCACAUGCUGAGCAGCCCAGUGGAAGCCCUGCAGAGCGAGGCCGCCACCACACAGCUCUUCCUGUCAGAGCUGCAGUCGUUUGCCCAGCGUGGGGAGCAGGCGCGGGGCGCCAUGGAGCCGGGCUUCGUCAGCAUCUUCAGAGCCUGUAACCUGCAGGGGGCGCUGUCUCUGCUAGAGGAGCUCAAGCUGUCCCCACCCCCCAACGCCACUGCCCCCAGCAAGCCAGCCCGCUCUGCCUGUGUGCGCUCGUUCCCCCUGCUGCCCCCACAGCUGGCCUGGCUGCUGGCCACCCGGCCCGUCUUCAUGUACCCCGAACUGCUUCCCCACUGCAGCCUGGACCCCGCCCUUCACCCCCCUCGCACCAACACCGUCUACACCCGGGGCGAGGACUGUCUGGUAGUGCUGGGCCUUAGGAACUUCAGUGAGACCGAGUGCCCUUACCAGCUGGUGUGUCAGUACCUGAUCCGAGCCAAAGGACACAAACAGCUCCGCAGGCACGUCCAUGACAUGUGCCACCGCCGCGCGCCUGACAACGUCAUCAAGUCUUACGUUCGGCAAAAAAUGGUUCCCCCCAUGCCGUUGGCGUGCGGGAAAGUGAUGCCUGGUGAACAGCGCCCUCCAGUGGAGAGAGAGAAGACAGUCCUGCCCCUGUGGUUGCGGAAGAGUGUGCCUUACAUCCAUGAAGCAGUGCUGGAGUACAACCGCUCACCAGAGGAGGCUUCACCUCAAACAGCCACCACCACACCCCCCUACAUCUUUCCCCCUGGGACACGCUACCCACCGAAACUCCCAGGAACCCUCACCCUGCAACCCUCCGGCUUCAGGCGGCUUCGCCCUCCCCCCGUCUCUAGAGACUCUGGCACUGCACUUUCGAUAAACCCAUCUCUGUAUUCAGGGCAGGUAUCAGACCUGUCUUCUACUGCCAAGAGCACCCUCUGUGGUCAGGGAGGUGGAACUGCAUGCGCAAGACAGCCAACACAGGGUUGCACAGAGAAGUGUAACCAGUGGGUAUCGUCUCGUAAACUGCUCCCCAUCCAACCUGCACCCCCCAAACCUCCCGCCCCACCCCUCCAGCUCCUCACCAUUUCAGCAGGGGGAGGUGUGAAUGUGUUGAAUUUAGAGGGAGGGGCCGAGGUGGCCACAGCAUUGUCAUCCGCAAGUGGAGGGGAUAAAUUGGGGACAUUUGCCGGUGGGGUCAGUCAACGUGUCCCUCCUGCUGUCAUCAUCAACAUGACGGCGCCAUUGGCCGCCACUGUGAUCUGCCCCGCCCCCGCUGGCGAUAGAUUGGCCGCAUCCCCUUUACAGACUGUCCCUCCACUGCCAGGUUCUGCAACUCACCCCUACCCCACCCUGGCCCAUCUCCGCAAGCUCGGCAGGCCGCUGUUACCCGCCCCCCCUAGACGGGACCCUCCUCAGAGUAACCCCACUUUACCAGUGAACACCACCUCGGACGGCACGCCCCAGUUUCUUAUUGUACCCCAAAACUGCCUGAUUGCGAAUGGGGCACCGUCAAGCGUCACUGCAGCAGAAACCCGACACCUCCCUGUGAAUCAUUCAGGAGCAGCCGACCAAUGCUCUGCUUUGACACUGGCAAGGGCACCGCCCAUGUCUGCUGAAACUGACACGAGCAGUCCUAGGAUCACGGAGCCUGAAGGUUUGUCACAGACUAAGGAAGCAGGCCAGAGAGCCACGGAGAGUCCAGCUGGUACAGAGCGGGACAGCUCCAUGAAGGGGGUGGAAGGAGGGCAGGGGGAGGAACAACAGAAGCAGCAGCGUGGUGCCGAUGAAGACGAGGAGGUUGGAAAUUUCGGAGGUCCCGCCCUGGCGCUGUCAGAGUCCUCCGGAGGCCCCGCCUCUGGGCCAGACAGCCGUGCCGACACGCCGGAGAGCGUGGCGGAUGCACAGGAAGAGGAGGAGGAGGGCGGGGAGGAGGGGUGGAGCGGGCUGCUGGCAUCCACACCCAGGCACAGCCCGCAGGCUAGGGCAGAGCCACAGGGGGAGGGAGGGGGAGGAAGAGAGAGGGGACGAGAUGGAGCCAGGCAGGGAGGCGGAGAGUGGGAGGGGCCGGAUGAAGAGGAAGUGAUGUCACCUGCGUCUGAGGAGUCUGUGCUGUCUGUGCCGGAGCUGCAGGAGACCAUGGAGAAGCUGAGCAGGCUGGCAUCAGAGGGGAGGGAGUGUGGAGAAGAGGAAAUGGGCGCUUGUUCUUCCAGCUCCCCUGCCUCAUCUACCUCACCCACCUCCCCAGCUUCCCAGAAUUCCCAGGGAGAGGAGGAGGAGGACAGAGGCCCUGGCUGCCAGUCCCCUCCGAGUUUGAGGUGUAAUGAUCAUCAGGAACAGGAAAGCAGGGACGCGGCCAAGCUGUCACCACUGUACAAUGACCACGUCCUGGACAACGACCCCCUGAGGGAGAGCAAAGACGCCGCCUUUGCCCAGGCCUACCUCAGCAGGGUGUGUGUGGCAGUGCAGGACGUCCCAGGGAAGGUGGAAGAGUUCCUGGGGGUCCUGUACGAGUUUGAGCGAGGGGGCGAGGGGCGGAGCUCGGUGGAGCUGUUCUCCCAGCUGAGGGCGGUGCUGAGGGACUGGCCUGAUCUGCUGCGGGACUUCGCUGCCUUCCUUCAGCCUGAGCAGGCCCUGGAGUGUGGACUGCUCGCGGAGCAGCAGGCAUUUGAGCGCAGUCGGCGUUUCCUGCGGCAGCUGGAGGUCAGUUUUGGGGAGAACCCCUCCCACUACAACAAGAUCGUGCAGGCCCUGCAGGAGGGGCUUGGCGUCGGCCCCGCAGGCAUGAAUAAGAUGAAAGCUCAGAUGGCCUCCCUCCUCAAAGGCCACACCCACCUGCAGGGCGAAAUGUGGGUGUUUCUCGAUGAGCUACAGCGACCCUCCUCAGGGCCGAUUCAGUCUGAGGAGAACACUCACCCAGGGGCUGGAGAGGACGCAACUGAAGGCAAAGAUCCAAGCAGAGGGGCCAAGGGAAGAUUCAGAAAGGUCAGACUCCCUGGUGAGGAGGAAGAGGAGAAAUCCUGCAAGACUAGACCCAUGAAAGUACGGAGCAGAAGGAAAAGAGACUUUGGCAUACUCAACAACAACAACAAGGAAUGCAAUUCGGUUGGGAAGGUCCGCCCCUCCCGUGGCAUGAUCCGUGAAGCCAGGCCGAGGAGACUUGCAAGGAAAAAGUCAACUUCCUGUAGCACAUAUGAGAGUUCUGAAUCCAACGGAAGGAAGAAUCGCAGUGUCUCAUUACCCAAAUCCAGCACCCUUCCACCAGCAGUCCACCGAGGAAGGAGGCCGGAGGAAACGGAAGGAAAGAGGGAAGAGGAAAACAGCAAGGCAAACAGUCCACAUCCUGGGAAAUCAAGGGUGCAUCUGAAGGCGGGUCCUGAAGGGGGUGCUCUGCUCCACUCUGAAGAAAGAGAGGAGGAGGACAAAGGGGAAGAGGAAGGGACAGAGCAGGAGCAAGAAGGCAGGAUGGGUGGAGGAGAGGGACUGUGUGAGGAGACAUCACCCUCCCUCCUUACUCAUCCCACUGUGAGAUCCGACCACCCUUUCUGUGCCAAAAACACCUCCCUCACACCCACUGGAGAGAGAGUCGUCCUCUGGACAAGGGAAGCAGAUCGUGCAAUCCUAACCGCUUGCAAGCUGCAGGGAGCCAGUCAGAGCACUUUCCAAACUGUCUCCGCCCAGCUUGGCAACAAAACAGCCAAUGAGGUCUCUCUACGGUUCCGGGAGCUUAUGUGCCUUUUCCACACUGCGACCCGUCAAGAUAAUUCUGAGGAUGAGGCCAGUGACAUAGAGCUGCGGUCUGCCUCUGAUGAGGAGCCGGACUGAACCAAGGCGGAGAAAGUCACAGACCUCUAUCUCACCUCUUUGAACACACAGGCAAGCUGGCAAGAAGUGGGUCAGAACCACAGAAAACUACAGAUGCAGAUCCACCUGCAACGCUGUGAAAAUGACCCUGUCAGCACCAAGGCAAAUGACUAGACCACCGAAUGAGGAACUGCCUUGGACUCAUCACUGAGACUAUAGAGAAUUGAACAGAUGGACAUACAUUGAGCAGAUGUCUGUUAUGUUAGUUUUGUAUGGUAAAAUGUCCAUAAUUGGUUUUGGAGCACAAUUCAUGCAUCAUUUAAUUACUUUUGGUGCCAACCAUAGGAAUUAAGUAUAUGAGAGAAACUAGGCAAAGGAUCCAGAGAAGUGGAUUGAGCCACAUAUAGGGUCUGGGUCAUAAAUAUUAGAGACGCUCUGAAACUGGGUAUUGAGAAUCACAGAAAAAAAGACUGACAAGAGCAGUCAAGAAUGCAGCCCUGAAACGGACUGUAAGGACCAUAACUCUAAGCAGACUGAGUACUGCCAGAGCACAUGAAAUUGGAGCAUGUCACUGAACAAUUGCAUUGAGAAGACAGGAUAAAUAGAUAGGAAAAACGCAGUGCAGCAGCUAUAUAAAACCAACCCGGUGCCAAC